AUGGAAGCGGUUAAUUCUAUUAAACCUCCUCGGAAUUCUAUGGAUGCCUCAGAUGUUUUAGCCGAAACAUAUAUUAAUCCUCUAUUCAAAUCAUGUCUAAAUAAGGCAGCUUCUUCUGCUUUUGAUUAUUUGAUUGGAUUGUAUGGGCGCUGCAAUUCUUUAGUUAAUCAGAGUCAUCUAGGGCUUUCUUCCAAGAUAUUUUCAACACUAUCUGAGCGGGCAAAAGUACAAUUUAUUUUAUUUCUUCGAGGACUUUUUUCAUCUUAUCAAGACAUUUCAACAGUCUUCACUAAAUUUAUGUUGACAAAUCUUGAGUCAAUUUCUCCGUUUUUGCGCGAUAUAAUUGUCUGUUGUAAAGAUGUGGCAUUGACUGAUGAGAAUGCGCUAAUUGAGGUUUUCGGUCCGGUUCUUGAUAUUCUUCGCUCUUGUGCAACACACAUUAAUAUGACAAAGCUAUUUGAAGACAAACAUUAUUCUCUUCUCUUGCUUUUGCUUGAAAUUAAAAUGUCUGACAAUACUCGCCCAAUUGCUGAUUUGAUUGUUUCACGUCCAGAUUUCCAUCCUAAGCAUCUUAUCACUAAUUUUAAAGGACGUGAAUUUGUUCAUUCUUCAUUCCUUGGCCCUUUUAUUGCAUUUAGCAUUGCUGGUAGCCAAUCGCCUCUUUACAUUAAAAUGCAUCAAAUCUUUCAUGCAUUAAUUGUAAAUUCUUCAACCAGAAAUCGUACUCUUGGCUAUAUUAGCGAAAUUUUGGACACUAAUAAGAAAUUAUCACAAAUUCAAGUUGAAUAUGAGCAAUUAGCAAAUCCUACUGCAAUGUUGAAUAUGCUUUCCAUUCUUCUUGAUUUUGAUAAAAUUCCUGUUGAAAAAAUUCAAGAUGAUUACAUAUUUCAUCCAAAAUGUCGGAUUAAAAUGGCUGAAAUUAAUACUCUCAAAAUGGAUAAUGAUAUGAUUGAAGCAUAUCGUAAAAAAAUUGAUCUCUCAUAUACUCCCAGCUUUAACACCGAGUGCUUUUAUUUGACUAUUGCUUUUAUGGGGAUUAGGUUAUUACUGAUUAUUGUAUUUAUUUUUUGUUUUUAGCAUG